AUGGAACAGGAACGACAAACAAAGGCUAAUGACGAGUGCGAGAAAGAGAAAUCAAAUGAUGAAGUGGAGAAUGUCAAGGAAUCCCACAGCUCUAUGGCUUGUGGCAUCUGUAGAAGAACAAUUGGUACGGAGUUGAUUGAUAUUUGCCACCAUUGUCGCAAGAACAUGUGUCCGUGGUGUCGUGAGCAUCAUCAUGAGAAUGCAAGUUUAAGCACUUUGAAUUUGCCUUCUUUGUAUCGUCUGAUAGUUCGUAUGAAAAUGAAUGAUUUACAUCGCCAAACAUCGACCUUGAAGUUGUGGUCGGACCGCUUACGAGAAUUAAAAACUUCACUGGCAACUGAGGAAAAGGCAAUGAAGGAAAAACUUAUGCUUGCUUUGGAUAGCGCGAUCCACGACCUACAAAUGUCUGCAAGAAAAUGUCUAGAAGCUGCCGUAACAAAAGUGGAUAAGGUGCAUGGACCCAGCACCAAGAUACUGAAUACACUCAAGCAGAAUAUCUCGGAUCUAGUUGAUGAAGUUGAAAAGAGUUGUACCAUAUUCGAGUCGCAGAUGGGGAUCACAGAAUUGGUCGAGAAGAAGAAGCAGUUGGAAAGUGUCAUUGUUAAUGUAUCAACAAUCGGGAAGAAGUUAGAGGACCUUCCUCUUCUGCUCGUGGCGGAGCUAAAUUUAUCGGGUCUACUCAGUAAGAUUAAGGAGCAUAUGAACAGGUUUAGUCUUAUCAUAGAUGACGAAGUGGCACCGCUGGAGCAACUUACCAUUAGCGAACACAGCAGCAGCAAGACGUCUCAAGUAAAGCUGUUUGUGGGCAGAUUGCAUCCAUGUCACACGGAGAGUCAAUUGCAUCAACACUUUUCUCGCUACGGUACCGUCGCUGCGUGUCGCAUUGUGCGAGACCGCGUUACAAAUGAGUCAAAAUGCUUCGGUUUUGUUACCUUCCGAAAGGCUACAGAUGCUGAUCGAGCUCUUUCUACAGGUCUGCAUUUUAUCGAGGAUAGUCACGUAAUUGUCGAGCCCUACGAAAUAAAGCCGAAGAAAAAAAGUAAGAAAACGGAAGAAAAAGAAGUGGAGACAGGGAAGAGGAGACGGAGAAGAAAAAAAGAACAAAAUGCGGCUGCUUUUACCUCUGAAAAAAUUCCAACGGCCUCCUGUGGGAAAAAAACCAGUCAUCAAUUAGUUGUUCAGAACCUACCGCUGCAAGCAAGCAAAAGGAGCAUCCAUGAUCUUCUUGAUUGCUUCGGUAGAAUCACCAAAUUGAAGAUAAUUCAAAAGGAACGCAAAGCCUUUGUCUCGUUUUCAACUGAAAAGGAGCUUCAAGCAGCACUACGGGCAGCGCCUCACUGCUUUAAAAAUAAUAUCCUUCCUGUUUCCACAAACGGAUGA